ACAUGUACAAUAGUAUUUAGUUAGCGCGUGUACCGAAUUGAAAAAUGUUUCGAAGGCAAUCGCGGUUGAGGCGUGAAUUUCUUUUAAGAAAAUCUCAGAAAACUCGUCUUGAAAAAACGAUUGCCAAAAAAGAAUCCUUUUAUUCAGAAAAUUUGAAGCUAAAAUGUAAUCAAUCCCAUUACAAUUUCGAUGUUGAUGAAGUUGACGAUGAAUACAAAUAUGGGAACAGCUGCACCCCAAAAAUUAUGAUCACGACAUCACACAACCCUUCUGCAAGGUUAAAAAUGUUUGUAAAGGAGUUACGACUAAUUUUUCCAAAUGCACAGCGAAUGAAUAGGGGCAAAAAUGAUUUAAAGCAAAUAGUAAAAUUAUGCUGUUCUAACGACGUGACAGAUAUUAUAAUUGUACACGAACAUCGGGGAAUACCUGAUAAUAUAGUCAUAAGCCACUUACCUAACGGCCCUACCGCGUUUUUUAACAUUUCUAGUGUUGUUAUGAGACAUGAUGUACCUUUUAUUGGAAAAAUGAGCGAACAAAGUCCCCACUUAAUCUUUCACAAUUUUAAAACCAAAAUUGGGCAGCGAGCAGUAAAUAUAUUAAAACAUCUUUUUCCUACGCCGAAGGGGGAUUCCCAAAGGGUAAUCACUUUUGCUAAUCAUGAUGACUUUGUAUCAUUUCGCCAUCAUUUAUAUAAGUAUGAAAAUAAAGAGUUGGAAUUAAUAGAAAUUGGCCCUAGAUUUCAACUAAAGUUGUACCAAAUAAAAUUGGGAAUAUUAGAUGAAAUUCAAGCUUCGGAUACUGAAUGGGUUUUGAGACCUUACAUGAACACAUCAAUUAAAAAUAGAGUUUUAUCUUUAGAAAAUGGUUGGGAUCAGAAUGGGUCUUGAAUUUUUAAAAUAUAUACCGGUUAUAAAUUUAUGGAACACUAGAAAAUAUCUAAAUAAAAAUACAUAAUAUAUAUACUGAAAUAAUUGAGUCAAAUAAAUGUCCCGUCGAAAGACUAAGGCCAACGCUAA